AAGACAGGACCGGCGUGUCCAAUAUGACCCGGAGCCCCCAUCCUGGGAUGGGCCGUGUGGAGUGGAUUGCCCCCCUGGUGGUGGUGUCUGCCCUCACCCUCCUCUGCCUCGUCAUGCUGCUGGCUGUGCUGGUCUACUGGAGGAGGUUUUUCCAGACCGCUCAUUUCUACGUGGAGGACUGUAGCUCUCCAAGAGUGGUCGCCAAUGACAACAUACCUGUUAUCCCCAUUCCAGAUGACAUGGAUGCCGUCCCAGUGAGGCACUUCAUCAAACACAUCAUGGAGCUUUACUCCAACAACCUCCAGGGCUUCGCUGAGGAGUUCGAGGAGGUUCAGCGCUGCACAGCAGACUUGAAGAUCACAGCUGAGCAUUCCAAUCACCUUGACAACAAGCACAAAAACAGAUACAUCAACAUUGUGGCCUAUGAUCACAGUCGUGUCAAAUUACGAGCCUUGCCUGGGAAAGACUCCAAACACAGUGACUACAUCAAUGCCAACUAUGUGGAUGGCUACAACAAGCCCAAGGCCUACAUCGCGGCCCAGGGACCACUCAAGUCCACGUUUGAGGACUUCUGGAGGAUGGUGUGGGAGCAGAACACUGGCAUCAUCGUCAUGAUCACCAACCUGGUGGAGAAAGGCAGGAGAAAGUGUGACCAAUACUGGCCUACAGAGAGCAGUGAAGAAUACGGCAACAUCGUAGUGACACUGAAGAGCACUAAAGUCCACGCCUGCUACACACUGCGGCGCUUCCUUAUACGGAACACCAAAGUAAAAAAGGGUCAGAAGGGGAACUCGAAAGGGAGGCUGAAUGAGCGCAUGGUGGUCCAAUACCACUACACCCAGUGGCCUGACAUGGGUGUCCCUGAGUACACCCUGCCUGUCCUCACCUUCAUCAGCCGCUCCUCUGCUUGUCGUACCCCAGACAUGGGCCCAGUCCUGGUGCACUGCAGUGCUGGCGUUGGUCGCACAGGGACAUACAUUGUCAUAGACAGCAUGCUGCAGCAGAUCAAGGACAAGAGCACCGUCAACAUCCUGGGGUUCCUCAAACACAUCCGCACACAACGCAACUACCUGGUCCAGACUGAGGAGCAGUAUGUCUUCAUCCAUGACGCCCUGAUGGAGGCCAUACUGGGCAGGGAGACGGAGGUUCCCGCCUGGCAGCUCCAUGGUUACGUCAACAGCAUCCUCAUGCCCAGUUUGGGUGGACGCACCCACCUGGAGAAGCAGUUCAGGCUCCUGACCCAGUGCAACGCCAGGUUUGUGGAGUGCUUCAGCGCCCAGAAGGACUGCAACAAGGAGAAGAACCGCAACUCGUCUGUGGUGCCCUCCGAGCGAGCCCGGGUAGGAUUAGCCCCUCUCCCUGGCAUGAAAGGAACUGAUUACAUCAACGCCUCAUACAUCAUGGGUUACUACAGGAGUAAUGAGUUCAUCAUUACCCAGCAUCCUUUGCCCCACACCACCACAGACUUCUGGAGGAUGAUCUGGGACCACAACGCCCAGAUUAUCAUCAUGCUGCCUGACAACCAGGGUCUGGCGGAGGAUGAGUUUGUGUACUGGCCUAGUCGAGAGGAGGCCAUGAACUGCAUAGCCUUCACCGUAACCCUCAUCAGUAAAGACAGACUGUGUCUCUCCAACGAGGAGCAGAUCAUCAUCCACGACUUCAUCCUGGAGGCCACGCAGGAUGACUAUGUCCUGGAGGUGAGACAUUUCCAGUGCCCCAAGUGGCCAAAUCCAGACGCCCCCCUUAGCAGCACCUUUGAGCUCAUCAACGUCAUCAAGGAGGAGGCCAUGACUCGAGAUGGCCCCACCAUAGUGCAUGAUGAGUACGGGGCCGUGUCGGCGGGGACUCUGUGUGCCCUCACCACCCUGUCUCAGCAGCUGGAGAGCGAGGGGGCCGUGGACGUCUAUCAGGUGGCCAAGAUGAUCAACCUCAUGAGGCCUGGUGUCUUCACUGACCUGGAGCAGUACCAGUACCUUUACCAGGCCAUGCUGAGCCUGAUCAGCUCCAGAGACAGUGGCCUAAGCCCCAUGUACAUGGACACUAACGGAGUGGUGGUGAUCAUGGAUGAGUCUGACCCCACAGAGAGCAUGGAGUCGCUCGUCUGACAAAACACUCACCUCCACCCGCACUUAAUUUGUACUAUUUCAAGAACUUUGGAAGACUUUCCUGAGGCCUUUUUCCGCCAGAAUCUUGGUUAAAUGAAUUAACCUUAUAACUUUUUUUACACUGAUAAAAAAGUUUUUGAUAUUUAUUUUUUGUCUUUGAUUUUGUUUUAAUGUUAUCCUGCUGAGCGGUUGCACCUGUUGUUUAAGUUGAUACAAUGAGAAAGCAGCUGUGUCCGGUUUGCACUAUACUGUCAGUGUUACUGCCUAAAUCCACUUAGUGAUGAUUCACAGAGAGUAGCUCAACCGUGGCUCAAUACUAAAUUAGACUGCAUCAAAGGAAAACUGACAUGUCAACUAACUCACACCUCACUCCAGCUGAUCCAGUUCCAAUGUCUUAACAUAGCCCAUCCCUCCAAACAUAUCCCAACUCAGCCUAGCAUGCAUCACAGAACGGUCAACCGGUCAAAAUAUCUGCUCAUCAACAGCCCACCAAAUGGAAGAAACAUUAAUGCCUGUAGAAAUACGUUGUUACUUGCAUAUUAUAACUAUAUUAUCCAAAUAUAUAAUUUCUUUUUUUGUAAAACCUCAUACUAUGUUUUGUUGAAGUGGUAUUACAGCAUCUACUGUGAACAUUUAUUGCUUUAUAUGAAGAUUUAUUAUUGUUCUGUAUUGUAUAUGACUAUCUUGAUCACAGUAAAAAAGGUUUUGUAUACUUCUGUAAUUUCGCAUACAGUGGCUCCUGCUUGGAGUUUAUUUUGUCUGAAUGAUUGACUGUAGCUACCUACAAGACUAUGUUACCUCUGCUCUCAUUGUUUGUUUGAACAGGAUGUACUAACACAAUAGGUUACUCUGUCAAACAGGUUUGAUCUAGUUUGGCCUAUUUAUGUAUUUACUUCAUUUUAGCAGACACGCUUUAUUUGUAACCAAAGACAUGGUUAAAAAUAUGUCCAAAACUGUCUAGAUACAUUUCAGUGAAAACAAUGUAUGCUUUCUUUACCUUGUUUAGAUGCAGACUUUGUGAGCUUCAAGUGGGCUGAGAUUAUGUUUGUUCCCUCCCCUAGCAUAGGAAUCCACUCCUCACCUAGAAUUAUGCAACGUCUCUCUUUCUGCUUUAGUACUCCUUCUCAUAUCCGCUUCUUUAUCAAAGAGCAGUUUGUUAAAUGAGGUCAAACUCUCCAAUAUUUGGAGAAACACUUUGACUUAUUGUCAUUUAUUAUCACACUAGGAAACUGAAAUAAUUCAAAGUUCCAUAAUAAACUUAUGAAUUUUAGUUUGUUUUUAAAUCAUGUGAAUAUUUUGUUUCAGAAACAAGCUUUUAUUUGUUCUCAUAUAACUCUGUUUUCAUUGAGAUUUUUUUCCCCUCUUCUUAAAGAGCCCUUUUUCUGAUUUAAUUAACAUUCCAAAAAUAAGACCAUGUUUGCAGUUAGUUUUUUGUGCAAACAUUCUGUAUAUUUCUCUCCCCACAUCUGAAUCUAAUUUUGUGACCAGUGUGCACUAAAGUUAUUGAGUCACUGAAUAGGUUUGCUUCACCCAUUUUGGCAAGGUUGGCAGUUGUUCUACUUUGUAUCUUGCAUUGAAAAAUGUUAUGAUUUUGUCAAUUUAUUAUAUCCAAUCAUUAUAUGACAGGAUCAUAGGUCAAAUAUCACUAUGAUACUUUCAUAUGAUAGUGUUAUAGUCUAAUAGUGCUAUUUAAUAAGUACAUUGUAUUGCUUUACAUUAAAUAAAGUAUGGGUUUUGAUGUA